UGAAACAGAACAUUCUCCAGAAAAAAAGAAACACAAAAAACUCCGCGGUUCGGACGACACGACGACCGGCGUUGAUUAACCGCUCUCGGCGGCACCCGAUGCCGCCCCCCGCCACGCUCCCCUCCUUCAACGCCUUCGUCGCCUCGCUCGCGCGCUCCGGCAGCCCCUCGCAAGCGCUCCUCACCUUCCGCGACAUGUUCGCGCGGGGCUUCCCGCCCGACCACUUCACCCUGCCCCCGGUCCUCCGCAGCUGCGCGCUCACCGGCUCAGCCGCCUUCGCUGCCUCCUCGCACGCGCUCUCCGUCAAGAUAGGCGCCCAGGGAAACCUCUUCGUGGCGUCCGCGCUCGUGCAGUGCUACUCAGGUAUGUCCAACCUCCCCGAUGCGCGAAGGGUGUUCGACGGAAUGCGCGAGAGGGAUGCCGUUCUGUGGACGUCUAUGCUGUCCGCGUACGCGCAGUGUGGGCAGCCAGAGGAGGCUCUGCGGCUGUUCCAAGGGAUGGUGGUGGCCGAGGUGCAGCUGGACCCGGUGGUCAUGGUCAGCCUUCUUCUCGCGUGUGGCCAGCUCGGGUGGCGGCGGCAUGGGAGAAGCGUGCAUGCAUGCUGCAUUCGGAUGUUCCUGGGGAUGCCGUUGCCUCUAGGGAACGCGCUUGUGGACAUGUAUGUCAAGUGCGGUGAGCUUGAAUUUGCUGAACGGGUAUUUUCUGUGAUGCCCAGGAGGGAUGUUAUCUCGUGGAGUGCUCUGAUUGUUGGCCAUGGUUUGAAUGGUCGUCCUGAUGUUGCUUUGAGGCUCUUUGAUGAAAUGGUGGCCAAACGAGUGGUACAGAACUCAGUCACCUUUCUUGGCGCCCUGUCGGCCUGCGUGCAUUCAGGCAUGGUGGACAAAGCGUAUGCUAUAUUCGAGCAGAUGAAAAAGCGGGGCAUCAAGCCUGAGCUGAAGCAUUACUCUUGCAUGGCUGAUGCGUUAGGGAGGGCAGGCCGUGUUCUUGAGGCAGUUAAACUCACAGAGGAAAUGCCUUGCCAGCCUGACGAGGCUAUCCUGUGUAGUGUAUUGGCAGCUUGCCGAGUUCAUGGUGAAAUGGACGCUGCGGAACGGAUUUCAAAGAGAUUGAUGGGCAUGUCUCCUGCAAAGAGCGGGUACUACAUGAGCUUGGCGAACAUAUAUUCAGAUGCUGGAAGGUAUGAUGACGCAGAGAGAAUAAGAGGCUUCAUGAAGGAAGUUAAAGUCGACAAGCUUCGUGGAUAUAGUUCAGUUGAACUGGAUGUUUCUCUCUCUGAACCAAAAAAGGUAUAAUUAGUUCCGUAUAGUGCGCAAUGGAUUUUGAAGCACUUGAGCAGUUUGGCAAGCCUGGUGACAUACAUUCAGUGCAGCGUGUGCUUUGAAGAAAAAUAUAGGCACCUGAUGGAAGGGAAGUGCAAAGACUUGGCAACUCAACAAGACAGUUUUGGGGAGGUUUAUGACAUCACAGAGAGAUGCUGAGUUAGUGCAUUCAUAGUGGAAGCUUUGUUUAUGGUAUUAGCAGCAUGGAGUUAGUAUCGUCAAAGUGUGAAGUGUCAAGAGGUGUGGCCCACACCGUGUGGGGAAGGCAUUUCUUUGAGCAGACAAGGACAAAAUUCAAGAGGCUGAUGAAACAGCACAUGAUGAUCACAUACAGGAAGCACACCAUCCUCCUACGUGUACUUCAGUCAUGAGAGAAUAUAUGGCUCUUGCUUGAUGAGUUGCCAAUGGGGUUCAAAUAGCUUCUGAAACUGACUCAAAAGAUUAUCUUCAAAUAUCUGAGCAUCUGACCAGCAAGGUCUAAAUUAAGAUCAAUGUUGUAUUCACUGGAAAGUAUUUAAUAAGAAAAUUCAUUGCAGGUACCACUGUUAACUGGUAAGGCUUAUUCACUAGUACAAUUUGUCCUUUGAGAUUCUGUGGAACUGGACUACCGGAGAGGAAGGCAACAAUGUUCUUCUGUGGUUUCUAAUUUUUGUUCGCCAUGUCAAUGAUUGAUUUGGUAACUGA